CCCGCCCCCGCACACGCGUGUCCCGACAUGUGCGUGUGCGCGGCCGCUUGUGCGCCUGCGCCGCCGGCCCGCGCCGCGAGGCCGCAGCCGCGGGGGGACACGCGUGGCCGGGGGACGCGCCGCGACACGCCGGGCCGGGCGAUGCUGCGGGCCCCGGGGCCGCUGGGGCCGCCCCCCGGCCGCCUCCUCCUCCCCGACGCCGCCGCCGCCGCCGCCGCCGCCGCCCUACGGCUGCUGCCGCCGCUGCCGGGGAUGGAGCCGGUGCCGAAGGCGGUGCUGGGGGGGGCGCUGGGCAAGCCCCGGCGCCCCGUCAUCGCCUGCAGCGUCUGCCAGAUCCGCUUCAACUCCGAGAGCCAGGCGGCAGCGCACUACCAGGGGAACCGGCACGCUCGGCGCCUGAAGGGGCUGGAGGCCGCCCGCGCCCGCCGCGGGGGGGACACCGGGGACACCCAGGACACCCCCGGCCCUGCGCCCACCCCGGCUGGGGAGACGCCCGACCGCACAGGUGAGCAGGCCCCGGCACCCGCAGCCCCCAGCGCCCCUGGGCCCCCCUCGCCCCCCGUUCCCCCCCCAGCCGUGGCGGCGCCGGCGGGGGGACCAGGGGGCGAGGAGGAGGAGGAGGAGAAGGCGAAGGCCAAGCGGCUGCUGUACUGCGCCCUCUGCAAGGUGGCCGUCAACUCGCUCUCGCAGCUGGAGGCGCACAACAAAGGGACGAAGCACAAGACGCUGGUGGAGGCUCGCAGCGGGCUGGGGCCCAUCCGCGCCUUCCCGCGGCUGGGGGGGGCUGCGGGGACCCCCCCGGCCGAGGCCCCCGAGCGCUCCUUCCACUGCCAGAUCUGCAACGUCCGCCUCAACUCCGAGCUCCAGCUCAAGCAGCACAUCUCCAGCCGGCGGCACCGGGACGGGGUGGCCGGAAAACCCAACCCGCUGCUGAGCCGCCACAAGAAGCCCCGGACCCCCCCGGAGCUGGCGCCGCUGCCCUUCCCCAAGGAGCUGCCGAAGGCGCUGGCGGGGGGGGGGCUGCUGCCGCCCCCCCUGGCCCUGGCGGCUGCCGCCGCCGCCAUGGCAGCCCCCCCGCUGGCCCUGCGCCCCCCCGGGCCCCCCCUCCUGCCCGGACCCCCCCUGGCACCCGCCCUGCUGCGCCCCGCCCCCGGCCCCCUGCGCCCCGCCCACGCCCCCCUCCUCUUCUCCCCGUACUGACCCCGGCAACCGUCACCCGGCAACCGUCACCCGGCAACCACCUGGCAAGUGGUACCCGGCCGUUACCCAGCAACCGCGACCGGCAACGGUCACCCGGCAACGGUCACCCGGCGACUCAACAGCACAACCCGGCGACUGUUGCCAUGCGACCAGGCGGUGGUGGUUACCCGGCAACAGCACCCGCCAACCACCCUGGAAUGGUUACCUGGCAACAGUCUCCUAGCAACCAACCACUGAUGGUUACCCGGCAACACCCCAACCGCCCCCAGCACCGGUUACCUAGCAACAGGACCCACCCACCCAGGAACCCGCCUGGCAACAGUCACCUGGCAACCACCCGGCAACCCCCAACCCCCUCUGGCAAUGGUUACCCCGCAACCUGCCUGACAACGGUUACCUGGCAACAGGACCGGCAUCCUGCCCGGCAACGGGCACCCAGCGAUGGUUACCCAGCAACCCCCUGAGCAGAGGUUGCCUGGCAACCAGGAGAUGUUUACCUGGCAACGGGACCCAGCAACAGUUGCCCGGCAACGGGACUGGGCCCUUGCGCCCAGCAACGGUUACCUGGCAACGAGACCCUGCAAUUGCACCCGGCAACGGUUACCUAGCAACCGUGCCCGUCAGCGGUACCUGGUAACAGGGCCCAGCAACGAUGACCUGACAAUGGUUACCUGGCAACGGGACCCAGCAACCGCACAUGGCAACGGUACAUGACAACGGUACUCGGCGACGGUACCCGGCGAUGGUCGCCCAGCAACCGUGUCUGGUAUCCGUGCCCAGCGAUGGUACCUCCAACGGCACCCGGCAACGGCGCCCGGCGAUGGUACCUGGCAACGGCGCCCGGCGAUGGUACCUGGCAACGGCGCCCGGCGAUGGUACCUGGCAACGGCGCCCGGCAACGGCACUCUGUGACGGCACCUCUAAUGGCACCCAACACCCGAUCCCAGCAACCGCCCUGGCAACCGCGCCCAACGAUGGUACCCAGCGACCGUCCCCAGCAACCGGCUGUACCUAGCAACCGUCCCUGGCAACCACCUCCCAGCAACCGCACCCGGUGACAGCCCCCCCCCCCCCCCGCCCCCUCCCCAGCUGCUUUUCAGGCUCAGCGAUUAUUUUUUAACUGGAAUUGGGAUAUUUGGCAGGAAAAACCGAUGAGCCCUCCCCCGCCCCGGCCCCACUGCACAACUCCCGCGGGGACGGGGACCCCCAGCGCCCCCCGGGGCAGGGUGGGGGGUCUGAGGGGGGGGGUCCCCAGCCUCCCCCCGCCCCCGGCACCUCAGGGAUCCGCUAAGCAAUCAGUGAUGGCUCACAGGGAAGGGAGCCCCCCACCCACCCCGGGGUGCAUGUGUCCCCCCAAGGGUGCCCCCCCCCACCCUAGGGUGCCCCCACCCCCACCCCAAGCCAUGACCUCUUGCACUGAGGGCAGCGAGCCCCGCACACGCCCCGAGUGGGGGCGGGGGGCACCCAUCACCCCCACCCCGGGCCCAGCCCAUUGCAAUAAUGCGGGGGGCUGGGGCACCCCCCACCCUGUAAAUAGCACCCUCUCCUUCCCCCCCACCCCCGUUACUGCCCCACAAGCACUGUGCCCCCCCCAAACCUGGUACUGCCCCAUCACUGUGCCCCCCCCAUCCUUAGUGCCCCCCACUAUCACUGUGCCCCCCCAACCCAGCACCCCCCCAUCACUGUGACCCCCCCAUCCUUAUUGCCCCCCACUAUCACUGUGCCCCCCCCCGCUAUCACUGUGCUCCCCCUUAUCACUACAGGCCUCCACACACACUUGGCACUACCCCCCCAACCCUUAUUACCCCACAACUCACACUGUGGCCCCCCCAAAACCUUGCACUGCCCCCCCCUCACUGCACACCCCCCCAUUUCUCUAUUGCCCCCCACCCCCAUUUGGCACUGGUCCCCCACUUUCUCGGUGCCCCCCCCCCCCCCCGUCAAUACUGUGAUUUAAGCAAAGCAAUAGUAGGCAAGGCGGGGGGGGGCAGGGUUUGGGGGUACACAGAGCCCUGGUACCCCCCCCCCCACAUCCGCCUGUCCCCACGUGUGUGUCCGUCCCGUCCCGUCCCCGGCUUUGCCCCAAUAAAUGAUGAG